AGUGUGUGUGUGUGAGUGAAGACAGGACAAAUGUUGAAGUCACUGAAGAAACGUUAACUAGCUGUACAAUCAUAUGUAUGAAGUUAUGUACGCGGAGAUAAGUACGCAUGUACGUGUACCACCAGUAUGUGGGUGUGUGUGUCAGCGCACAUUGCUCGGAGGGAAAGAUGACAUCGGAGGCGGGAGGAGCGACCAAUGGAACAACAGUGGGCGUAACUGGCUACGGGUUCAUGCCCUAUAUAAACCCCGACACGACUGAAAAUCUUCAGUCGAGUUCCAGCCGUCCAGUCAGAGUCAGCUGCUUGAGUCACUCUCGCCACCAUCAGCAGCAGCUACCUCAUCCUCGCCGCCUCCUCCAGCAGCUAACGACACUCGCUCUUGUCUUUUUCCCCACUUCGAGGUCUCUUGAGCAGUGAUGGUCGGAUGGCAGGUCAUGCUGGCGGUGAUGUGCCUGGCGCUCGCCCCUACCCUGGCGCAGAUCACCUUCUCCCGUUCAUGGGUGCCCCAGGGCAAGAGGUCAGGGGGCAUUACUGGACCCCUCGUCACCCCUGGGGGCGGCUCUGACCUAGGAGCCGACCCCUGCAAGGACGUGAGACUGGCCACCCUCACCCAGGUCGCCUCACAUCUGGCCGACUUGAUGGAUGACACCUUCGAUCUCCCCCAAGACGACGCUGCUCUGGCUCUUCGACUCAAACACGGACUUGUGGCAAGGCGACGAAGAAUGUCUUAAGCAGUACAGCAGCAGUGAAUGACGAGAUCUGGUAAAGCCUACCAACCCACCAUCGACCAUCUCCCGCCAAAACUUCAAGUUCAACAUAUAAACAUGAAUUUUUCAGCCAAAAUUUCAAGCUCAGCGGUAAAACGUGACGUACAUAUAUAUAUAUAGUGUUAUUUCACACCAAAUCAUGAGUUAUCUUCCUUAUAAUCAAACUACGACAGAAAAAUUAUCUCUGAUAAUUCACAUUAAACACUUCUUGUGA